AUGAACUACGAGAAUGGGCCGUCGAUGCCCCCAACUCCCGGGGCAUAUCGCGCCCCCAGCUUCCCUCCUCCGCCCACGCCCGUUGCGCAUCAGUCUUCCUACGAGCAGACCCCCAGCUACCAAGCCUCAGAGCCCUUCUACAGCGUUUACUCUACCGUAUCGAAAAAGAAGAACACGAGAGCUUCACAGGCAUGCGAUCAGUGUCGACAGCUCAAAGCCAAGUGCGACGAGACGAAACCGUGUAAGACGUGUAGAGAUAAGGGGACAGAGUGCAGAUAUCGUGACCCUGUGCCGAAAGCGACCGACAAGGCCCAGGCCGACAUUCUGGAUGGCAUCACCAGCAUGCAGAACACGCUUGCCGCCCUUGCGGAUCGCUUUGGACACAUGGAUGACAGGUUGACCAAGAUGGAAGCAGUAUUUUCAAAGACGCCGGGCUUAUUUCAGGUUAAGCGAAGUCCUAGUCAAGAGGCGGAGCUGAAGCCCAUGUCAGUGCCCAUCCCGGGCUCGCCGCGUCCGCAGGAUGAGUUCAUGGUGGACCGAUCUCCUGUGGAGGACAUGUCCCGGGAUCAGCCGGUGCUGUCGACUGAGGCGGUGCCCGCAGAUGCGGCGCCUGAGCCCACAGCCACCACUUUCAUGGCUGAGGACGAGAUAGAGGCCGAACCGGGGCCACCUGUGCCGCCUGGCGAACCUGCAAUCCCCAUUAACCAUACGACUCUGGCUGGGCUUCUCCUCGACUGGGACCCCAUCAAAGAGCUAACGCGGCAUCACCUGGAGCGCGAAGGCAUCAAGUUCAUCAGCGAGUAUCCCAUCAGCCAGGAGCAAAAUCGCGGAAUCUUGAAGGUGUAUGGGCGGGGCGAGGAUGCGCACUUUCGAGUGUCUAGAGAGGCAACGGCUGAUCACGGAAACGUUGACAUUGGCGACGACAACAUGUCGGAUAUUGUGUCCUCCUCUCCCGCUGCGGACUGGGGACAGCUUGGCGGCCUGAGUCCGGGCGACCAGAUUGAGUACCGAGGCGGCGUCCUUGGCUCCGACGGGAAUCCGGACUUCACAGAGUCCAAGAUCGCGACCUACCCGAAGCCGCAGCCUUUGAAGUCGGCUUUCGCCGUGUCAACGCCUCUCGAGGUCACGGGCGCGAAGAGAAAGAGGACGCCUGAGACGGAUGGGCCCUCGACACCGGGUCCCGUUCGUGUCGGGAAGCCGAGCCGCUCCAUCCACAGCGCGCUUGUUCUCGUCAUCAUCGCGCUCGGCAAGGUCUGCCUGCACCAGGAUGAAGUGCCCGAUGUCGUUUUCCCCGUGGACCCGAUCCCUCACGGAAGCCCAGUCAGUCGCAACGGCGUGCCCCCAUCGCCAACGCAGGGCUCGCCUCCGGGAUUUUCCGCCCACUCACAGUCCUCUGGCUUCCCCUCGCCCAGGGAUCAAGAGCGCGGCUAUCAGAGCAGGAGGUCAUCCAUCCACGGCGCAAGCGGUCCUGUUCGCUCAGGACUGGGCUUGAAAAAGAACUAUGAGGUCAUCCCCGGCUUGGAAUACUUUGCGCUGGCAACGGAUAUUCUUGGCAACCAUACGGGCGCGUACCAUAACAUGAAGAAUGUCUACGCCAACAUUUUCGCCGGUCUGUACCACGGCCAGCUUGCACGCCCGUUGGAGAGCUUUGCAUUUAUCCACAAAGCAAGCCACAAGUUGCAAGUCAUUAUGAGACCGAGCUUGGACAAGCUACGGAAGAUCAAGACCAACAUGGAGUUUAUUCGUGAGACAAAGUACAACCAGCUGGCACUUGCCUUCUGGACGUGUCUGCAGCUAGAGAGUGACUUGAUUGCUGAGCUUCCGCUACCCCCGUCUGGUCUCUUACAGUACGAGAAUGACAUGCCCCAGCCCAACAUGAGUCUCCUCGAGGGGUUCGACCAACGAGUCGUGGACAGCUAUCCGGCGCAGCUGUACCUCCGGACGCACUUGAACAGCAUCCAUCGCAUGUUUUACUCUCCCGACGACCCCAGCAAGCCGGAGAAGCUCAAGAACGUGAGGCUAGUGGCCGACGGCGUCUCGACCAUGCGCUGGGUCCCGGCCAGCUUCCGCUUUAACGAGACGGACCCCCCUGCAACCGACAUCUUGUCGGCGCGCCUGAGGGCCAAGUACUGGGGAGCGCAGAUGAUUACCUACCGGCCAUUUGUCCGGCAAAUCCUCCAAUGGUCCUUUGAGGUGAAACGCCACCCCUCCAGCCCCCAUGUCCCCAUCAUGUCGGAGUACCGCGAUGGCAUCAUUGCACCUUAUAUCCGCCCGGAUACCAAGACGCCGAGCCAACUGGACCCUGGCAUCAUUGAGCUGGCUCGAAAGGGUAUUGUGGCCCUGAUUGAAAGCACGAAAUCGUUCCAUGGCCUUGGGGAGAAGCGACCCAUCAUCACCAACGUCUUUGGCACGGCGCAUGCUCAAUGGGGCAAUCUUUUGGUUCUUUCGGCAGCUUUCAAAGACCCUGUCUUGCACAAGUUUGUAAACGAGGACCUUUUACGCAACUUGUUUCACAAGACGAUUGCAUUCCUGCGGCAGUCCGCGACGCAUACGAGUUCUCUGAGAAUUGACAUGCACAUCCUGGAGGGACUUCAACGGGACCUGUUUCCAAUGGACGGAAGGACGGCCUCGAGCUUCUCCAGCAACCUGAGCCACCAUACUCCCAAAAUCCCAAUCGCUGCACCACCCUAUCCGACCAGCGAUCCUAAUACUGCGCAGCCGAUGCCGCCACAGCCACCUCCGCCGCACAUCGGACUGCCUCCAGGACCUUGAG